AUGUUAUGCAGAAUUGGCUAUGUGGAGUAUGCAGAUUUUGCUAUAAGGACCGUACUCCGUAUAGCUGCACACUCCGAAUGGAACACCAUCAAUACGCUACGCUCCUUCGUUUCGUCACGAAGUCAAGUUUCCGAAUUCAAAACAACUGCGUAUUUUGCAUUCCUAGUUCCAGAGUUUAGAAAAAUUAAACAAAUGGAUGAAAAGAGCAAACGUGUGAUCUUUAUGCCAGUGGAUGAUUCAGAACACAGCGAACGUGCGUUUGAUUGGUAUGUUAAAAACUUACACAAACCAGGAGAUAAACUGGGUAUUAUACACAUUCAUGAAACUCCUGCAUUAUUUGAAGAAGCUGCUGCUUGGGACCGGGUCGUACAGCAUGGAGAAUCAAGAUGGAAGACAAAUUUUGAGAGCAGCCUACUAAAAUCAAAAGAAGUUAUUCAAAAGUUCAAAAAUAAGGCCAAAGAAAAUGCAGUUGAAAGUGAAACCUUUUUGACCACUGCAGGAGUUUCUGGUCCAGGUCACGCUAUUUGUGAUUUAGCUGAAAGAAAGAAUGCUGAUGGGAUUAUUAUGGGCUCCAGAGGGUUGAACUUAGUACGUAGAACUCUUAUUGGAAGUGUAAGUGAAUAUGUGGUGCAACAUGCUCAUAUUCCUGUCACAGUAGCACGACCCAGGUUAAGUGAAAUGGAAGGAGGUAUAACUAAAGCUAAUUUGUAUGGAUUUACACGGAAAUGAAAUCACCUUUUUACUUUCUGCUUUAUGUUGUAACUUCUUAGUACUCAGAAGAGAAUCCUGGAUUGUUCAGUU